CAAGCCAAGCAUCCCCCCCAAACUAAUCCCUUCCCGGCCAACUCUGAAGAAGAAGAAGAAGAAGAAACGCAGGAGCACGUAGAAAUACUCUCGACUCUCUGUACGUGUGACUAUGAUGAUACCAACAAUCAUAAUGCGUCUUCAACCUCAUCUCUUUCCUCAUCUUCAACUCAGGACGAAAUCUCGCUAUUUCUGCGUCAGAUUCUCCUUCGUUCAUCCUCCUCGUCGGCAUCAUCGUCGCUGCUUGUGACCCACACGGCUAAAAACGCCCCCACCUACGUGGCCGGACUCUGCAGUUCCCACGCCACGCCGGAGAAUGCUCGCCCUUCCCACCGAGCCAACCUUUUCCAAGAUGGCGUUGCAAUCGUUGAUUCCUCCGUUGGAGUUACCGCUCCGAACGAUGUUUUUCUUUCCUCUUCGGGGACUUGUACGUCGGCCAAUGCGAAGGGUAGUUUUGUUGAAAACAUGCCUUCGUCAUCUUUUGGAGUAAGUGACAAUGAGUGGUUCGAUGAGUAUGAUUGCAAGAGCGAGGAGGGGAUCGAAGCAUUGGUGGAACGGCAGCCGGUAAAGUCAGUUCCUCCGAGGAGUUCAUCAAAGAGAAGCAGAGCUGCGGAAGUUCAUAAUUUGUCUGAAAAGAGAAGGAGAAGCAGGAUCAACGAAAAAAUGAAGGCAUUGCAAAAUCUGAUUCCAAAUUCGAACAAGACGGACAAGGCUUCGAUGCUGGAUGAAGCUAUUGAAUAUUUGAAGCAGCUUCAGCUUCAAGUACAGAUGCUGACAAUGAGAAAUGGUUUGAGUUUGCAUCCUAUGUGCUAUGCUGAAGGUUUGCGGGCUCAGCAAUUCUGUCAGAUAAGAUCUGAACUCAAUGAAGAAAACGGGUCUUUGCCUUUAAGCAUGGCAACUACUCUGCCUGUGACCCAAGAAAAUCCCUUACAAUACGAGUCCAAAUCCAGUCUACCUAACAAACUCAAUACACAGGACCAACCAUUAGUGCCCUCUCCGUCGUACACAAUCAACCCAGAAACUUCUUUUGGGCUAGAAUCCCCAGUUCUGCCGCAAAUAAGAUCCUUUCAACAGAAAACAGCUUCUGAGAUGCAUAGUGAUGAGAUACUGCGGCACCAGCAAUUAAAUGCGAACCAUUCAGAUACCAAUCCUUUAGGUGGUUCUCAAGUAACACACGCCUUUGAUAUGCAAACGCCGAAGGAGCAGGACAAGAUCCUAAGAAAUAGCGUACACAACGUUACCAUUACGUCGCGGUUUAAGAGGGAUCGGAUUCUAGUUUCUGUCGGCCACUUUCCUGAAGUCCAGUGUGCCUCCAAUGAGUAUGAUGCCACAACUCUAUAUAUAUGAUGCGGGAUUGAAUUUGAACCCUCUUUUCUUA